AGGCUCGACGAGUCAGCGCUGCUGGGAAGUGACGUCCUGCAGUGAGAUCAGAGAAAAUAAAACGGUUAUUACUGUUUCAGACUGUGAAAGAGGGCGGCCAGGCGCCGUCAGGAAAGAAAAAGCAAGAGAGGAGCGAGAUGACGGCUUGUGCGCCGCGGAGGGCAGCGUUUAAUGGUGUUGCCCACGAAUGAGGAAAAGCAUGCUGAUAUCUUCCGAUCUGUGCCCCCCCCGGCCGGAGACCUCGGGGUAGGUCACGCAGAACUUCAGGGGGAAGUAGGAGAUUCUUUGUUGAGCCGACUCCUUUUUCACACUGAUGUCAGUCCUUUUACAACGUGAUUUUACUGCAAAACCCAAAAGGAAUAUACUGGAGGCAAGUUUUAUUUUUGGACCGCUGAAGUGAGAAGGCUUCCAGCGGAGUGCUGGCCCCGGUUGCGGUAAUCGGCUGCUGUGGUGUAUUCAUGCCCAUCAUGAGCGUACCAGCCCAGCAGAAACCAAGUGCCAAAAGAACAGGCAAGCGCAUAACGUUCUUCACCGAUCCAAGUGGAGCGAUGAAGGAAACGUCUCAGCUCCCCGACGGGGCGUAUUACGUCCCGAGCGGCGCUGCAUCGGAACCUGUACAAAGCGAGGCUGCAAGUACUGUUACCUCUAAUCCAGAGGCCACGCACAUGUACCUCAACUCCGUCAUCUUCAGCCCGGACAAGGGCGACCAGAGCCGGGGUCACUAUCAGCAGACGGUGCCCAUGAAGUGGGCCCCCCUGGAGCCCAGCCAGCAGCCGCCGGCGCUGUCCCAGCAGCACAGGGGUUCCACUUGGACCACCUUGCCCAACUGGGGGCCGAACUUUGCAAAUUACAUCGGAGGGCUCAACGCGACGGACUCGAGGACGCAAAAUGCAUUUGUGAAAUCGCUUCACGAGGCGUCCGGCUUGCAGGCGCAUCAACAGCCUCCUAGCAGAGCGACGGACAAAGCCGCGGUGGAGGGGUACAGGGACUCGGGCAAACCUCGAGGCUUGGAGUGGGAGCAGCAGCAGCAGCAGCAGUCGCAGGGCUUCCCAGAGACACUGAAACCCGGAGCGCUGAACGCCCAGCAGCAGGCCGUGUCCCAGCCUGGAGGGAGCUCCGUUCUGCAGCCCUUCCAGUUGGCCUUCGGUCAGCCCAAGCAGCACCUGCCAGCUUACUACCAGACCUUCCACGGGAACAGGACCACGCUACCCAACCCGCCCAACUACUCGGCAGCCAACGCUAAGCAACCGCGUCUGGUGCAGCAGCAGCAGCAGCAGCAGCAGCAGCAGCAGCAGGAACAAAUCCAGCGCCAGCAACAACAGCAUGCCAUCCAGCAGCAGAUUCAGCACCACCAACAAAUGCAGCAGCAACAAAUCCUCCAGCAGCAGCAGCAGCAGCAGCAGCAGCUCCAACAGCAGCAACAAUUACAACACGAGCAGCAGCAACAAAAGAUGCGGCAGCAGCUCCAAAUUCAGCAGCAACUGCAACAUCAGCAGUUGCAACAACAAAACCCCCAUGUGCUUGACUAUUACUCCGCCGCACAAAAUGCACACCCUCACCCGCAGCCCGCCGGGGUCCACUCCCAGGAGUCCUCGGCCCCAGCGCCCCCCAAGAUCCAGGAGCCCAUCAUCCAGGACAUCACGCCGGAGCCGCCGCUGCCGUCCGACCCGCCGCAGCACCCGCUGCUGCGGUCCGAGCCGCCGUCGCAGCUUCAGGCGCAGCUCCAGUCCCACACGCAGCCGCGCCGCUCUCGGCGGCUGUCCAAGGAAGGAGGGGCGCCGUCCGACAACCCCUUCCUCGCCUCGUCCUCCGAUCACGGGCCCACGGGGCCCGAGAACGGGGCCCGGGACAUCCAGGCGGCGCCCACGGGGGUCAUCCAGAGCACCAGCAGGAAACGGCGCGUGUCCCAGGAGGUCAACCUGGAGAUGCUCGCCAAAGAGGCGACGGAAAGGACGUCCCCGUCACACGAAAAGGAGCCCCACCGGCCGUGGAGUCCCACCGACCCCGAGUCUAUGGACGCCAAGCGGCCCCGGGACGACAGCCUCCUCCCGCUCGUCAUCCCCGUGUCCGUCCCGGUGCGGAGGCAGGAGCCCUCGUCUCCCGGCGCGGACGAGGCAGCUCUGGCAUCCAGCUGGACUCCCAGGCACGCCAACCAGGACCUCUGCCGCGCGGAUCACAAGCCCUCCGUGAUCGUCAGCCGCAGACGCUCGCGCAAGAAUUCGGCGUCGGAGAGCUCGGAGCAGAAUGACGGCGCAGAAGGGGAGAAGGAUGACGAUGGCAAGAAGUCCAAGCGGCGGCCCCGGCCGGAGCCCCUCUUCAUCCCGCCUCCAAAAGCCGGUUUAUUCAUCGCCCCGCCCGUCUACUCCAGCAUCACAUCCUACCAGAGCCACCUGCGCUCCCCGGUUCGCCUGGCGGACAACCCCAUCACCAUCCCCCCGUACACGCCUCCGCCCAUCCUCAGCCCCGUCCGCGAGGGCUCCGGCCUCUACUUCUCCACGUUCCUGUCGAGCAGCGCCAGCAGCACGGGCCUGCCGCCGCCGGCCACGCCCAAGUCGGCCUCGCGCAGCCUGUUGCGUUCCAACAGCUGCGACAUCACGCCGCCGGUUUUGUCUGCUAUAAGCGAGGCCACUCCAGUCAGCCUCGAGCCACGGAUAAAUAUCGGGUCACGGUACCAGGCGGAUGUGCCAGAGCUGAGGCCGAGGGCUGCCGUGGAGCAAGAUCACCACCGAGCUGAGCUGGUUUGGGCUCCUCUGGCUGAGCUGGAGGCAAAACCUGACUUCCACAAGAAAGUGGAAGACCUCAUGCACCUGGCCUGUUCCAGUGUUUUGUCCGGCGGAGGCACCAACCAGGAGUUGGCCCACCAUUGUCUGCACGAGUGUAAAGGCGACAUAAUGGCUGCUCUGUCCAUGCUGAUGCUGAGGAAUCCCAUCUUCCCCAAGUCGUCUCAUCUGUCCCAUUAUCACUACUCGGGAUCAGACAGCUGGACGGCAGCUGAGAGACGCCACUUCAACAAAGGCAUCACUGCGUACAAGAAGGACUUCUUCAUGGUGCAGAAACAGGUGACCACGAAGACGGUGGCUCAGUGCGUGGAGUUUUACUACACGUACAAGAAACACGUGAAGAUCGGCCGCAACGGCGCGCUCACGUUUGGCGAGGCAGAACGUUUGGAGAGCCGGACCACCGAGGAGGAGCUGGACCCCAAGGGCUCUCAGAGGCUGGAGCCGCAGCAGGACGAGGACAGCAGGAAGUGGGAAGGCUCAGCUGACAGGAAACAGGAUGCGUGUCCCACCGUGCUCUCACACACGCUGCCGUCGGCCGAGAACCCUGCAACGGUCCUGAUCAUGAAGGCCCAGGAGGACGACGGGAGAGAGCAGCCGCUGCCCGGGGUCAUCCACCCCCCCCAUCCCCCCCAUCCACCCCCUCCCAGCUCCAAACCACGUUACGAGAGCAGCGCACGCAGGACCAUCCCCGCGGCGGCCAAGCCAGUCGCCGGCCCUCCGGAGGGAGAGUUCCCCUGCAAGAAAUGCGGCAGGAUCUUCUCCAAGGUGAAGAGCCGCAGCGCCCACAUGAAGAGCCACGCCGAGCAGGAGAAGAAGGCGGCGGCGCUCCGGCAGAAGGAAGCCGAGGACCGGGCGGCGGCCAAGGCAGCCGCCGAGGCGGCCGCCGCCAGCGUGGCGGCGCGGCAGCAGAACGGGACGCGGCAGGUGGGCGGGGACAGCACCAACGAGGACUCGUCAGAAGGACAGGACGAGGACGAUGAGGACUGGCAGUGAGGGGACGCCCGCAGACGGACAGCAAAGUAAUUACAAAUAAAUUAAGAAUGACUGAACCCCCCCGAUGGACGGUGUAUAUUUUGUGGGCGGGUGCUUCCGCUGCUCGGUACAUCCAGGGACUGAUCAAGUCCCGCGUGCUGGUCGUUUGGCAGACUGAGCGGAUUUGUGCAACAGCCAACUACCCAGAAUCCCCCUUUACUUCCUAUUUUUCAAGGUUACCUCUCUUGGUCACAGGGCUCGGUGAAAUCAAAGCCAUGCUGCUCUUUCGGCGUCGUCCUGUUCUGAAAAAAACUAAGAAACCUUCCUCUACAAUCUCAGUCUCACCCUCCUUUCCUUUAAUCGUUGCACAAUGAGCCACGUUUGCUUCGUCUGCAUCCCGACUGUCAAGUGUUGGAUGAUUUUUUCUUAAACAUUUUUUGUAAAACAAUGCGAAACGUGAAAUCUGACAGCAGGAGCGGUCCAGAAACAAAUGGAGCACAGUGCUGUUGCUCGGUCCGCUCCAAGGCGGACAGAUGGACGGAUGGACGGCACGCGGGAGCGGUUGCUUUCGCCUCUCGGCUGCCAAAAGCUUUCCAGACGCAUGAAAUGGGUUCUGUGUUUGUUUGGACUUCAGUUCUGUGAAAUCCACCCUUUAAAGCCCUCGUCACCUUUUUCUGGCCCCGGUUCUGCCCUCACUGUUGAUGCCUUGGAUGUUUAUGAUGCUUUUUAUCUCAAAAUGACAAUCAAUUUUUCUGUCUGUGUAGCUAUGUAUGGUCGUUGUUGUUUUCUGUGAAUAUACCUGUCGGUGAUUAUUAUUAUUAUUAUUAUUAUUAUUAUUAUUAUAUCCUGGUUUUGGCUGCAAUUUUAUUAAGCGCUUUUUUUCUUUUUUUUUUAUUUAAAGAAAAAGCAAAGGUAAUGCUACUUGCUGCCUGUUUGUAACUGUGAGAUUAAAAAAAAAAAAAAAAAAAAGUUAUUUUAUGGAAGCCAGAAAUGAAGAAAAGGAAGAAGCGUAUGUGCAAUAGAGCAAGUGGACCCCUCCCCGUCACCUGAGCGGCCGGCGCCGCCCGCCCCGCUCUCUGGAGCGCUCACGAGCAGCUGCUCUGGAUGCCUCCGUCAACCCUGUAACUGAUUAGAGGUACUGACUCAGACUGUUGAAACCCCGGGUCCCCACAGAUACACACACGCGCCUGUGCACACACACGCACACACACGCACGCACACACACACACACACACACACACACACACACACACGUUUUUAGUGCUCACCAUUCGCCUGCGAGCUUGUAUUUGCUCCAGGGUCUCCUUUUACCGCUGUGCAGGCUCUGCAGACGUCUGCUCGGCGGUGCCCGGUGCAUUCUCACCCAGAUGUUGCACAUCCCAACCACACACUUUGGCUCGCAGUUGUAAAUCAUGCAUUUUCAUCCACCCGUCUUCUACCUCGACUUUCCAGCUUCCACACUUUCAUUUUCCUCCCUUUAUCCACACGGAUUUUAAUGCAUGUUUUUCGGUAAUAUUCUGAGCAAAUUUCUUCUCACUUGCAGCUUGUUUCUGCGGUGUGUAUCUGUGGUCACCUUUUUCUACCCCCCAACCCCCCCAGCUGGCCGAGUUGGACCAUGGAAACAGCGUUUUCAUGAAAAGUCCAUCGCUAACGCAUCUCCACGUUAAGCUCUCUAAGCCCGGAGCUGGUUUCUGUUGCCAUAGCAACGAAUGGGCAGAAGGGCAGGACAAAAUGCAAGAGGGAGGGGGUGGGGGGGGCAGCUCCAGUUACUCCACAAGUUAAACCUGGGUCUAUGCACGGUGUGUGUGUGUGUGUGUGUGUGUGUGUGUGUGUGUGUGUGUGUGUGUGUGUGUGUGUGUGUGUGUGUGUGUGUGUGUGUGUGUGUGUGUGUGUGUGUGUGUGUGUGUGUGUGUGUGUGUGUGUGUGUGUGUGUGUGUGUGUGUGUGUGUGUGUGUGUGUGUGUGAGAGACUGCUUUGAGGUCAAAUGUGUUGACUGCGUCAGUCGUUGGAGAGAAGAAAAAAAAAAUGGUUCUGCAGACUGUUCACAUUUUUUGGUAUUUUAAUUUAUAUUUCCUUUUUAUUCGGGCUUGUCUUGAGGUUCUUGUUGGGGAGGGGUUGUUGUUACAUAAGAAAACAAACAAAAUGGUUUCGAAGCAGGAUUGUAAACACGUAUCUGUAGACCUUUUCCUCGUUUCAUCCAGCCGGUAAAGGGAAUUUCAAGGCGACAAAAAACGUUUAUUUAGCUAAAGAUUAGAGAUAUAUAUGAAAGGAAUUCUAUGUUUGCAUACUUUCUAUGCUAUUUUCAUAUAGGGUUCACACUAAUGAUUUAAAAAAAAACAAAACAAACAAAAAGGAAUCUCAAGUGCUUUUUACUACCGUGUAACUUAUUUGUUUUGAUUUGAUUUUUACCGCCUGUGUUUUUAGUAAUGAUCUUUUGAAGCACUGUGUAUUAAAGGAUUACAA